AUGUUCCGUUUCUGGUCGUCAACAAGGUUGGCUCGCGAGGGAUGCGUCAAUACAGACGAAGACGACUGGGAAUGGGUAGCAUCGGCCGACGUUUCUCAAGAGGCGGCAAGGACACUUGCAAGAUCACACCACGGCCCGGACGCCAUACAAAGCUGGAUCAACACCAUUCGUAAAAACCAUCAUUCGAAAAUACCAUCAAGGAAGCAUGCUAUUGCAUUAAGAAGCUUUCAUGAGUUUUGGAAUUCCAAGACGGACAAGUGGAAAAAGAAGGGUAAGAAGAAGAAUAGAGCUGCGAAUGGUGUGGAUGAGCGCGCUUUGGCAGAGGAAAUCGAUACCCUGUCCAUUGAUCAGAUCAAAAGUCCUCUUCCAGCACACUACACACAGCACACCGACACACGCAACACACAAUACACCAUUAACCCGGAUGCCAUACAGAGCUUGGUCAACGCCAUUCGAAAAGCCCAACUGUUUGACUCUUUUCUGCCGUCCUCUCCCGACAGUCAAACUAUACCGGAGAACACGCACAUCGACUCCAACCGCACAAACAUGGCCAGCCGUUUCGACCACCCGAUCCCACACCCUCACGCACAAAACACACACACAUGGCCAGUCGCAUCAAAAACUUGGAUUCGAAACAAGCUCGCCGAAGAAGAAACAUUCUUCCACCCAAGCCUCCCCCCUCGCCUGCCGCCGCUCGCCCUGUCGUCGAAUGUGCCCCUCCUCGCCUCGGUUGAUUUAGACGAACCCUUCAAAGUCACCGAUGAACUGCUCACCUACCUGCGAGCAAAACAUCUAGCGGCCCAACGACACUUUCACCGAUACAAUACCAUUCCAGCUCAAGUGUACGAAGCUUUGGCCAGUAUGCAACCGAUCGGCUUGAAGACGAUGAUCUGUGUAUCCCGGAUUCAGCAUCUAGCGGCCCAACGACACUUUCACCGAUACAAUACCGUUCCAGCUCAAGUGUACGAAGCUUUGGCCAGUAUGCAACCGAUCGGCUUCAAGACGAUGAUCUGUGUAUCCCGGAUUCAGUUUGAUUUGCCUGCGUCGCGUUUUAUCUUCCUCCCAAUUUCUGUCUACGGUCGAGUCGGACUUUCACCUGGCAUCCGCGAAACCGUAUCGAUUCUUUUCUGGUUUAUCAGUUUUAAAUUCCUUUUUGGGUUCUUCAAGAGAGACGUUGAUUGCGGUAAGGCCACCGGCGUCGUCAUUCACAGGAAGUUGACCGAACCCGGAUGCUAUGCAAUGCCUUGUGGGACAGCAGCCCCGAACCGACGGGACAACACCCUUUCGAGUGAUUAUCCACUAGACGACAUACGAUGCAUACAAAGCUUUCGACAGGAGAUUCUGUGUCGGUAGUUACCGGCUCCCGGAAAUAUUUUACGGCCAAGCCUUGGGUGUCAAUGGUUCCCUCCGUUUCUGGACGUGACUUACCGAUUCUUUGAGGAAUAAAACGGGUAGCAUCGGCGGACGUCUCUCGAGAGGCGGCAAGGACACUUGCUGGACCCUACGCCUGGCCCAACGACGACAUCAAGGCCCUCGCUUUCUAUGUGUAUAACAUUGUGGUCGAACGGAAGUUGGCGGCGUCGGGACGGAACACUGGUCCGGUUAUGCGCGGACACUUGAAUACUACGGGAGUAGCGACAGGGGCGCCGGUCGGGACGAACUUCCUCAGUCAUAUUGACGAAAAAGACGAGCAGACGUGCGGCCUGGAGAACAACAUGUACGGGCAAAGUAACGUGCGGCCUGGAGAACAACAUGUGCGGGCAAAGUAAGCGAGGCACACCGCGGCCCAGAUGCCAUACAAGAGUGUGAUCAACACUAUUUGAGAGUCCAACUGAUUGACUCCUUUGUGCCGUCCUCUUCGAACAUACCGACACACGCACGACACACGCAUACGUCAAGUUGCUACCAGACGGCAUUUUCGGCAGCUGGUAGAGGUCGACCAAGAUCGAAUUCGUUGAUUCCUUCAAAAGUGUAAGGGGUGAAUAAACCAACUUACGUCACACCCGCACACCCACACAGUCAUGGCACGAACGGCGACAUUUGUCGAUGCACGACCUCACGCUCGCGGCGGCGAGCGGACAGGGAAGGGAGCACCACUUGUCGUGAAAGAGAUUAGUCGUGGCGCCCGGAGAUCACGCAGGGUGCUUGUCUGCAAGGAAAGAAUCGCAGUGAAGUAACUACAAAUAGACUAAACGACGGCGACAGCAGAAGAACCGUAGUUUGAAGUAACUGAAGAUUGUAGGAAACAAUGGAAUUCGCGCAGCGGGGACGAACGAGCUUGUCCAACUCUUCGCGUGUACGCUCGCGCUCGGCGCCGCACGUAUGGCGGUGAAAUGGCACAUCCAAACCUGUGUGGCUAUCCAUGUUCCGUCCUAUCCCGGGAGGCGAUUUACUGGUGUUGCGAGAGAUGAAGCGGGUAGCACUCACCAACAUUGCGCGAGAAGCUACUCGGACGAUGGCGAAGGCGAAUCUCGGCGCUGUCCGUAUGGUGGUGGAACGGCCUAAAUUUUGCACUGGGAGUUAUGGCCUCCCUUACAAGAAAUCGCACCGGACUCUUAUGCGAGUGGCAAGACCUUUGAGUUUGUAGAGGGUCGACUUGGCGAGAUUGCGGAAGCAAAUGGGUCUCAACGUAUUUCCCGAUCCCCGGAGGAGAUAUUCCGGUUCUACGAUAAGUCAAACUAGUCGCAUCAACGAGCGUCGCGCGGGAAGCCAGUCGAACCUUAGCCAGGACCAAUCUCGGGGCCGCCCGUAUGGCGGUCGAACGCCACGUCCAACAAUACAACACAGUCGCAGUCCAAGUGUACGAGGCCCUUGCAAGCAUGAUGGAACUCCUGCCCGAGAUCGAGGAAAAGUUGGCUGCAGCAGGGCGCAAUACUGGACCGGCUAUGCGUGGGUAUUUGCAUGUGACGGGAGGAGCGCAUGGGGCACCAGUCGGGACCAACUUCCUUAGCCAUCUCAAUGAGCGUGACGAGCAAGCCUGUGGGUUGCAGAGCAAUAUGUACGGUCAAAGUAGGAGGGGUAAGAUGAGAGGUUGUGGACCCUGUUGUGGUCCGGAUCCGUCGAGAAACAAUACGUUGGUAUCUGCGAAGCGACGCCUUCCGACCAAUCUCCCUCCUGGGACCGCAGCAGUGCGAUAAAGGAGCCCCAUCGCACGAGGUGGAACUAAUUGGCCUGUUUGAUGACCCCAUUCAAAGACGAUACGGCCAAGAACCAUUCCCCACACGAUUUGGUCACUAUUGGACCAUUGAAAUGGGGUGUUGAUCAACGGUAGCGGGCUUAACAACGAUUCCAGUGGAUGUCGGGAAAAGUCUCUUGCCCAUUGUCGGUUCUGGUCCCCGAAGCGCUUGCCACAAUGAUGGAACUUUUUACCCGAGAACGAGUUAACCAGCUUGGAACUUUAUGUACACGCAAGAGGCGGAACCCAUUAACUUCCUCGUCGCACCCCCUUCCCCCCAGUGCAAAUCGUUACGAAACUUGGAUUCGCAAUCCUGUUCGGCGAGUACGAAAGAUACCUUUCGUCGCAGGCCUGCCGCACCUCGUCCUAUCGUCGCAACACACGACACACACAACAGGGCGAGGCAUCGUCGCAUAUGGAUUCGUUAGACUUAGUGUAAACGAGUUCUUGUAAACAAAUACGUCUUCUUCAUAAAAAGUACUUAUGGCAUUUCUGAUGGCAUUGCAAAUGGUUAAAUAAUAUAUAAUUGUAGUGCGUCGAGUUAACUC